CAGAGUUUAUUAGUUGAGUCGACGUUCCUAUGUUAUUGGCAGGAGAUAAUCAAGUUGGAAAGGUCAAGGGAAGUUACAGAUUAAAAAAUGGCCAGAAGUGCAGAAGCCGAGGUGGAAAAGAUGAAGGCAUUGGAGGAACGUAUAAAGGCUCCAUCGAUUUGGGGCAGAGUGCCUUGUGGCAUACGCUUCGAGGAUUUACUAGAUAGAAGAUAUGAAGAUGCUGUUAGACUGCUGAAGAAACACUAUUUGACUGAAGAGAUCACCUACAGAUCGGUGAAGAUAGCUGAUGAUAAGGAAGGUACAGACGAGUUUAUUCACCACGCUCGUGUUUGGAUGAAAGAUAAGAUGUCCAUAGCCGCAGUGAAGGAAGGCACGGACCAGCUGGUUGGUGUGAUGAUCAUGAGGAUACAGGAGAAACAAGCGUUCUCCCGAACAUUCAGCCGUGUGAAGAUCACGUAUAACCCUCUGUACUCGACUGUGGUAACUUUCAAUAGGGAAGUGGAGAAACCAGUCAAUGUGUUUGAUAAACUGGGAGUGAGGAGGUACUUCAAGAUAUACGUACUGGCACUUAAGGCGAGGUACCGGCAUAGGGGUAUAGCAAAAGAAAUGCUAAAAGCAGCUAUCAACCUGAGCACAAGCGCGAGCGUGCCCGCGAUAUCAGGCCUGUUCGGCACGGGCCGGGGCCAGCAGAUCGCGGAGGAACUCGGCUUUGAGAAGUUCAACGAGAUAUACUAUGUGCGGUAUCUUAUUGAUGAUCAGAUAGUAUUCUGGGACACCGGGCUUGGUAACUAUGGAAUGGCACUCAUGGGCUACCGCAUACCAUCCGUCGAAGAGCCUGAAGAGAUUCGACCUCAAGCUUCUUCCAGAUUCAAUGUGCAAGUCGCUGAUGAUGAACAGGAGACUUGAUUAAAAAAAUGUAACCUUUUUU